UAUUGCAUUUAAAUAAAUAAUGAUAGUAAAAAUAAUAAGUAAAUUGUGAAAAAAUUUUUAACCAAGUAGAGAAUAGUGAAAGAGGCAAAAAUUGAUUUUCCAACAGGCGAAAAAGAAAUAAAUAAUUAUCAUAUUGUAUAGCACCCCCUCCCCCAUCUUGUUUGUUUUUGUUUUGACUUCUUCGACGACAAUUUGUCUGCCUGCCUGCAAACCAACAAAAUUAUAUUGCUCCAUUAAAAUACUUCAUACCUACAUCCUUGCAUAAAUAAACCGCAUGCAAUGAAUAUCGUUGGUGACUACGAGUACUCCACCAAGGAUAUGCUUGGACACGGAGCGUUUGCAGUCGUGUACAAAGGACGCCAUCGCAAGAAACACUUCCCAGUUGCCAUAAAAUGUAUCACAAAAAAGGGUCUAAUUAAAACACAAAACUUACUCGGUAAAGAAAUAAAGAUUUUAAAAGAAUUGACCGAGCUACAUCACGAGAAUGUGGUAGCGUUGUUGGAUUGUAAGGAGUCGCAGGACUGUGUAAAUUUAGUUAUGGAGAAAGAAUAUAACAUUAAUAAAUAA